GAAGCGGAAGUACCGCCGCCAUGCCGGGCGCCGCCGAGCGCGGCUCGGAGCUCUCCGAGCAGAUCGAGGCCUUCGCGGCGCGGCUGCGGUGCGGCGGAGAGCGGCCGCGCUCCGAGGACACGGCAAGGCAGACGCUGUCGCUGCUGCGGAAGAUCGUCGGGCACGGGCGAUGGAACCGGGCCGCUGCUGGCUCUGGGAUGUUGAGGGGCGUGCACUGGUUUGAAACUCACAUGGGCUUCCUCUGGGCAGCGAUAACCAAGGCCCUCCCCUCUUCCAGGGGAGCUCAUGGAUCUGAUCCGGACAGAGGGCCAGAGGAUGACGGCAGCCCAGCCGUCGGAGACGACAGUGGGCAACAUGGUGCGACGAGUAUUGAAGGUCAUUCGUGAGGAAUAUGGCAGGCUUCACGGGCGCAGUGAGGAAAGUGACCAGCAAGAAUCCCUGCACAAGCUCCUGACUUCUGGAGGACUGAGUGAAGAUUUCAGAACCCCUUACCCCUCCCUCAGAGCUAAUGUUAUUGAAGCUAUUAAUGAGAUGCUAAUUGAGCUAGAGGGCACCACUGAUAACAUUGCUAUGCAGGCACUGGAACACAUCCACUCCAACGAGGUGAUCAUGACUAUUGGCUACUCACGCACUGUCGAGGCCUUCCUGAAGGAAGCUGCUCGCAAGCGCAAGUUCCAGGUCAUCGUGGCAGAGUGUGCACCGUUCUGCCAGGGUCAUGAAAUGGCUGUCCGACUGUCUAAAGAGAAUAUUGAAACUACUGUCAUGAGUGAUGCAGCUAUUUUUGCUGUCAUGUCUCGAGUCAACAAGGUCAUCAUUGGUACAAAGACAAUCCUGGCCAAUGGCGCCCUGAUUGCUGUGAGUGGGACUCACACUCUGGCACUGGCAGCUAAGCACCACUCCACUCCUCUCAUCGUGUGUGCCCCCAUGUUCAAGCUUUCACCGCAGUUCCCUAAUGAAGAAGAUUCAUUCCACAAGUUUGUGUCACCACAGGAAGUGCUGCCAUUCACAGAAGGGGAGAUCCUGGCAAAAAUCAAUGUUCACUGCCCAGUGUUUGACUACGUCCCUCCGGAGCUCAUUACUCUCUUCAUUUCUAACAUUGGGGGAAAUGCACCAUCCUACAUCUACCGUCUCAUGAGUGAGCUCUACCAUCCAGAUGACUAUGAACUCUAAUACUGUGAAGCACGUCACUAUUCCGACUCUUUAUCUUUCUCUUUGGAGAGAUACAACAGCUAAUCAAAGCGUAUAUUGCAAAGACAGGUUGCUGCGGGGAGCCAGUGGGGAAUUUGCUCAGCAAUGUCUUUCCUACCCAAAAGCGAGAGAAGGCAGAGCUCUUGUACAGGUUUUCCUCACUUGCUGUGUCAGAAACAAUGUGGAGCUGCUAACCCACAUUGAUUUUGAAAUAGCAAAGUACGUGUAUAACUCUGGGGCAGCUAAGCUGUUACUUCAAAGUACACUGCAAUAAAGGCUGUUUACAGUGAUCUCACUGUUAAGCACA